AUGUUGCUACCCGCCAUCAAACCGCGCGCAGGCAAGCCUGCGGCCGCUCUCGUGCGCUCGAAACAUGCCAUAGCUUCCCCAUCCCUCGAGUCAAGAGCGCGCCCCCACGAUCGUACACGGUCUAUAAGUCGCUCUUCCGCACAGAGCGCUGUCGUCUCACAGUCUUUGCGACCUCUCCCAGCGCCUAGCUUCCAGCAGCUCCCGACGCUGGACAACAUUCCUCCUGCGCCCUCACACAUCAGCUCCCAUACGGACGCUCAUCUGGACCACUCUUUCAUCGGGCUCUCCGGCGGUCAAAUCUUCCACGAGAUGAUGCUCCGACACGAUGUCAAGCAGAUCUUCGGUUACCCAGGUGGAACCAUCCUCCCCGUCUUCGACGCCAUCUAUGACUCUCCUCACUUCGACUUUGUACUGCCCCGCCACGAACAAGGCGCAGGACACAUGGCCGAAGGUUAUGCUCGUGUAUCCGGUAAACCUGGCGUCGUGAUCGUCACAUCAGGUCCGGGCGCUACGAACGUGAUCACGCCUAUGCAAGAUGCGCUGAGCGAUGGCAUCCCUCUCGUCGUCUUCACUGGCCAGGUCGCAACUUCUGCAAUCGGGUCGGACGCCUUCCAAGAAGCUGACAUUGUUGGCAUCUCCCGCGCGUGUACAAAAUGGAACGUCAUGGUCAAGGAUAUCUCAGAGCUCCCGAGACGUAUUAACGAAGCCUUCAAAAUUGCCACGUCCGGACGGCCUGGACCCGUUCUCGUCGAUCUGCUCAAGGACGUCACUGCGGGAAUCCUCCGGACACCUCUACCUUACAAGGCGACCACUCCGGGCAUUAACCUCAACUUGCCCACGAAUCCCCUGCUGCCCUCGACGGGGUCUGCCCAUGCACCGCUUGACCUUCCCUCGCUGCGCCAUGCCGCGAACCUGAUAAACGCCGCUGCAAAGCCCAUUAUCUACGCUGGUAAUGGCAUCCUCAACCAUCCCGACGGCCCCAAGAUCCUGAGGCAGCUCGCGCAGAACGGUAACAUCCCUGUCACCACAACUCUGCAAGGUUUGGGCGCAUUCGACGAGACGGAUGAUAAGUCGCUGCAUAUGCUCGGCCUGCACGGCUCCGCAUACGCGAACAUCGCGAUGCAGAGAGCGGACGUAAUCAUCGCUCUAGGCGGCCGCUUUGACGAUCGGGUCACGGGCAAGAUCGAGCUGUUCGCCCCUGCUGCUCGCGCUGCUGCUUUAUCUGGACGAGGUGGUAUCAUCCACUUUGAGAUUCAGCCGAAGAACAUCAACAAGAUCGUCGAGGCGACUGUACCCGUUGUCGGCGACGUCACACAAAACCUCUCCGCUAUGCUGCCCAUGAUCAAGCACUCGCCCCGAGAAGCGUGGUUCAAGGCUAUCAGGGGGUGGAAAAAGCGCUACCCAUUCACUUUUAUCAAGAGCGAUCCGCAAAAAGGGGAGCAGAUGAAGCCGCAGGAGGUUAUCGAGGAGCUAGACGCUCAGACGCGAGGGCGGAAGGAGGAUAUCAUCAUCUCGACGGGCGUGGGACAGCAUCAGAUGUGGGCCGCGCAGUUCUACCGCUGGACACAGCCUCGCUCACUGAUCACUUCUGGCGGUCUGGGCACGAUGGGUUUCGGUCUCCCAGCGUCCAUCGGCGCCAAGCUCGCCGCGCCACACAAAACAGUAAUCGACAUCGACGGCGACGCGUCGUUCUCCAUGACGGCUAUGGAGCUCCAGACCGCCUCGCAAUACGGGAUCGGCGUCAAGGUCAUGGUCUUGAACAAUGAGUAUCAGGGUAUGGUCCUGCAACUGCAAGAUAUAUUCUACGAAAAACGGCACUGCCAUACAAGUAUGACGAACCCGGACUUCAUCGCUCUCGCAGAGGCUAUGGGCGUGCACGCCAUACGUGUGAAUAACGCCAACGAACUUCCGGCCAAGAUGAAGGAAUUUUUUGAGUACGAUAACUCGAAGCCGGUCUUGAUGGAGUGCAUCGUUGAGAAGGAUGAGCAUGUGUUGCCAAUGGUAGGGAGUGGGAGGGCGCUAGAUGAUAUGGUUCUCCAUCCAUCACACGUAGAUGGGGAAGGCGGCGCCUGA